CGCCUGGAACGGUGGCCAGCGGUGGCCCGUAGGAGGAGCUCAAGGAGCCGGGAUGGAACGGAACGGCAGGGAGCCUCGGAUCGAGACUUCCAUCUUUCUCCCCCGUUAUUAGACUUAGACUUUAAACUGGGCUGUGCCCCACCCCGCUGUACUCCAGCUUCCCCGCAUCCCCCAUCCCCGCAUGCAGGAUUGCUCUCACACAUCCACUCAUAGAGCCAUAGACAUCACCGCAACGACGACAACGGCCGCCAUGACAAGUCUUCUCUCGCUCAAUCACGACGUGCUGUCACUCGUACUCGCAUUCCUCUCACCACACGAUGCAGCCCAGCUUGCGCUUACAUCCCAUCAAGCUCAUGCGCUUGCAAUGGCCCGCGUCCUCGCCCACGUAUCCCUCGGCGGCGUCUUCCACAAACCUGCACGCACAGCCGCCCACCAGCUCACCUCCUUCUGUCGUUACAUGCUCGCCGACGUCUCCACCCGCCUUUCAUGUCUCCGAUCGCUUACGAUUAUGCGCGAUACCGUGCGCAAGCGAGUUUGUGGAGUUUGGGCUGUGGACGUUGAAUGUGUGUGUAUGCUGAGUGAGAUGCUUGCGAGGGGGAAGAACCUCCAGAAAGUCACCGUCUGGGGCAUGGACGCACUCGUUCAGGCGCGCCCGCAAAUCGUGGAUGCGCUCGCCGGCUGCGAGUUCCUCCACACCGUUUGUCUCGGCGGAGAGAUUCCCGAGCUAUCUAUCCUUACUCGUGCGUUCCCCCACGUACGCUCCCUCCAGUUCGUCGACGGCGGAGGGUCUUUCGGUGCAGACUGGGGUAUGAAAGACAUAGAGCUCCCGCAAGAUGGCUGGCCAUGCCUAGACCGCGUUGAUUCGGGCCACCCAAUCCUUCCGCUUGCUCGGCCCGUGCGCCGGGUAGACCUUCGCAACCCCCUUCCUGCGGAUGAACUCGCGAUCAAUAACGCACUGCGGUUCAUUAAACGCACGCAACCUGUCGUGCUUUCGUGCUUUGUAGACGUAUCGGUUCCUGAUGCCGCGUUCGUCGCGCGCAUACCGGAGGUGGCGGGGAACUUGAAGUUCCUGGAGUUGAUAUUGCAUGGAUGCGAGUCGCUAGCUGGCGUCACGUCGUGGAUGGUGCGUGUCUACGUUCUCUUUCAUAUGCGGUGGCUAAUUGGACGAUAUUGCAUCCUUCAUUUCAUUUGAUUUCUAGAUCCGUGUUGCGCAGACACUCUCGACUCUUCCACUUGCGGGCCUCGCACUCUACAGCGACACGCCCGCCUCCUUCCCCACCCCACGGCCCUCUCCCGCG